UCACAUUUAUUUCCAGAGCUCCACACAUCAAGCAAAAAUCAUCUCCAUUAAGGCAAUAGCUCAACAGAAUCUCUGAAAAUGGACCAUUAUAAUCCGUCUACAGGUCCUUGGAAAAUGGCUCACAAGUCACAACCCAUCAUUGACGAUCCUGUGGGAGCAAAGGAAAAAGGAAACAAAUAUAAACUCACAAAGAUCAAAUGAUGCAAAUAUCAUCUACCCACUCCAAGAAAUGUAAGAGUUUUGUCCAGGGCAUCUUGCUGCAACUAAGCAGACUAAGUGAUGUCUUGCCCCAAAAUUAAAACCCUUUGGCUGAGUAGUUGUUGUAGCGUAACUAGGUUGGAACCUGAUCACAGGGUGUGGAAUCCCUCAUGCUACUGUCCAUCCUUUUGCAUUGACCAGGGGUUGGAACCUGAAAAACAGGUUCCAACUCCUCAGUAACACUUCAACUUCAUGAACUUUGCUCCUUAAUCAAAAAUGGAGAAAAUCCCACUUGAGCCUUCAAACUUCUAAAUUUGAACCUUGGACCCUCAUCUUUCUGGCUCUUUGCAUUCUCUCCAUUUAAUUAUCAAACCUUCAAUCAUAAAAAAUUUGCACAACAUAAAUAGAAUGAACACUUAUGAAAUUACUUGUAAAAAAAUACAACUCUUAAUCCCAUAAUUCCACAAAUGCUAAUGGUUAAACACACUUUAAAUAUACAUUUUCAUGCUUUCAUCACAACCCCCAACCAGCUUAUUGCUACUCUCUAGCAAUACAAGCGUCAAUUAAAAAAGAAAGCAUGUUGAUUAACUCAAAUGGAUAUCUAACAAGACUACCUAGGUAAUUGGAAAAAGAUCACAGUUGCUAUCAAGAUUACUUCAAUUAUAACUUCCAAAAGUGUGUGUGAACUAAGCAUAACCUUCAUACCACAAACCGCAACAUAUAUAGCCUUGAGAAUUAAUCAAAGUAAAAGCCUCAACUCCAUAUCCUCACACGAUAGUAACUAUUUAAUGCAAAGGAUUUCUCUCAUGGAGUUGGAAAGCAGCAAGUCACUCAAAGGAAAAGGUCAAAUUUAACAGACAAUCAAACUAACAACCAUUGAUUAGAAGAUAGGUUAAUUAGCUAUUCAAAAUUCCACUACUCUUACUAUAAAAUAGCUUCAGGAUUUCAAUCAAUCAAAUGUGAGAGCAAUAAAAGUAGAGCCUAGUGAGAAAGACUGUUCCCUCAAAAGAAAAGAAAGUUUGUCCUCGAAACUAAUGGAAGACUUUAUUUUGUAGAUUUUUUUUCCUUUUUUUCUUUUCUUUUUUUUUUUCCUUUUCUGUUUUUUUUU